AUGAUCGGGACCUCCUUCCCGGAAUACGUCUUCAUCCGCCUCGCCAUCCUCUCCCUCCGCUCCAUCGCCCCCCUCAGCUUCCUCUACCUCGGAGCCAGCGCGUACUACAGAAAGCCUGCAUGGUCCAACGCCUUCGGAUGGGCUCUCGGAGCAUACGCUUGCGUUGAGGCCGGGUUCUAUCUCUUUGUGUUCUUGCCCAGGAAAAGACUGGUACAGAAGGCCGCUGCACACCCUCCAUUACCUCUGCGCGAAGAGCGCGAGGCUCUGUUUGAGCGGUGCUUUGCGAGUAUGCGUAAUGCGGAGGUGACCGCGGGCUGGUUCCCGCAGGGUACGCUCGACACCCUCAAGCGGGACAAUCUCAUCGAAUGGCUGCUCUGGGCCUUCUUUGGCGCACCGCAAAUCGGGAUGCAGGAUGAGUGGGAGGAAGAAAUAGACGGAUAUGUGCAGAAGUUGGAGGACAAGUUUGGCUUCAAGCUGGAGCAUGGUUGGAAUGAGAAAGCCAAGUGUCUCAAGCUCACCUUGGACCCCGUGGAUGCCAUCCACCGUCCGCUACUGUGGUACCUUAUAAUCGGCCUCGUAGACAACUAUACCGGUGCCGUGCUGACAUUUAGUGGCCUCCGUCACUACAACCCUCGCAAGUGGACGACCUACUUCCCGCUUCGUUCCUUCACCCUUUUCUCCAAGAGAUCGGCUCACCCCGACAUGGUAUAUUGGUAUCGCCCUCACCGCUCCGCCACGAAAGAUCCCAUCCUCUUCAUACACGGCAUCGGGAUCGGUCUAUGGCCCUAUAUCCCAUUCUUACGCGACUUACUUGCUUCGGAUCCUGAUGUCGGCAUCAUUGCCAUCGAGACCCUCGCCAUCAGUUCUCGCAUUUCUCCACCUCCGCUCACGCACACCGAGGUGCUUUCCGCCAUCCGCUCCGUCCUUGAUGCGCACGACUUCAAGCGCGUAGUCGUCGCCGGGCACUCUUACGGCACCGUCAUCGCCGCAUGGAUGUUGCGCGACCCCAUGAUAUCCCCCCGCGUCUCCGCCUGGCUCCUCGCGGACCCGAUCCCCUUCCUCCUGCACUGCCCAGCGAUCGCGUACAACUUCGUCUACCGCCAGCCGCGGCGGGCGAACGAGUGGCUGCUGUGGUACUUCUCGAGCCGCGACCUCGACAUCGCCCGCGCCCUCGCACGCCACUUCUUCUGGGCGGAGAACGUCUUGUGGAAGGAGGAGCUGGAGGGGCGGCGCGUCGCAGUGUCGUUGAGCGGGCGGGACCAGAUCGUGGAUGCACCGGAGGUGUGGCAAUACCUGACAGGGGAGCUAGAAGGGCCGAGUGAGCUGCGUUGGAAGGACAAGGACCUUGAGGUGCUGUACUUUGAUGGCCUUGACCAUGCGGAGGUGUUCGACACGAAGAGGGACAGGCGGAUCGUCCUGGGCGUCCUGACCGACUUUUUAUGA